AAAAAUUAUGCUUAAAAAAUAUUAAUGCUUAAUGAGUCGGUCAGGUUCAAAUUAAAUUUUCGCACUCGCCCAUUGAACUUUUGGGACAUGAAGAUAGUUUGGUGGAAAAAAGCCGAACGAUAGGAUUACUAACCCUGGGGCGAAUAUUAUCGGCCUUCAGACCAAUGGCGAAAGCCCAGUUGGCAUUCAUCUCAAACCCCGCAGUCGGAAACCUCGUCCCUAUCGUCGAGUUCGCCGUCCGCCUCACCAGCCGAGACCCCCGACUGUCUGCCGCCAUACUCAUCGUCACCCUGCCCCAGCGUCCCAUAGUCUCCGCCUAUGUGCAAUCAUGCGCCGCCACAGCUAUCCCCGGCGUCCGCUUCGUCCACCUCCCCGCUGUGGACCCGCCGACGCCGGACCAGUUCCUGUCAUCCAUCGGCUACAUCUCCGUCUACAUACAGAAGCUCAAGCCCCUCGUGAAGCAGGCCCUGGCGAAUCUCGGGGCCGAGUCACCCCGAGUCGCCGCCUUGUUCGUGGACAUGUUCUGUACUCCCCUGGCCGAUGUAGCUGAUGAGCUCAGCAUCCCCUGCUACCUCUUCUUCGCUUCUCCAGCGAGUUUUCUCGGGUUCAUGGUCCACCUGUCGGAGUCGGAGGGCCAGACGGGGUCCGAUUCGGGGGAGUCGGCCUAUGACACUGAGUUGUCCAUCCCGGGUUUCGUCAACAAAGUGCCUAAGGGAGUUUUGCCGUCGGCUGUUCUUAAGGGUAGAGAUGGGCACACGUGGCUCAUCCACCAUGCUCGCAGAUACAGAGAACUGGAGGGUAUUGUCAUAAAUACGUUCCAAGAACUUGAACCCUUUGCGCUCAGCUCAUUGUUGAGGAGCCUAUCUCCGCCGGUAUAUGCAAUCGGGCCAGUUCUCGACCUCAAUGGACCAAUCCAGUGGCACCCGAACCGGGCCCAACAAGUGGCGAUAAUGCAGUGGCUUGACCAGCAGCCGCGGUCGAGGGUUGUGUUCCUGUGCUUCGGGAGCAUGGGGAGCCUCAGUGUGCCGCAGGUGAGAGAGAUUGCAGCCGGACUGGAACAGUCGGGGCAGCGGUUCUUAUGGUCCUUGCGAGAACCACCAAAAGGCAAAAUCCACCUUCCAACUGAUUACUCGAACUUCAAUGAUGUAUUAUCUAAGGACUUCCUGGAGCGGACAGCUGAGAUUGGUCUAGUGUGUGGAUGGGUCCCGCAGGUGACAGUAUUGGCACAUCCGGCAAUAGGAGGGUUCGUCUCCCAUUGCGGCUGGAACUCGAUUCUCGAGAGCCUGUGGCACGGGGUCCCAAUCGCCACGUGGCCAGUCUAUGCGGAGCAGCAAAUGAAUGCGUUUGAGAUGGUGAGGGAACUAGGAUUAGCAGUAGAGAUCAGGUUGGAUUACAGGGAGGGCAGCGAUCUGGUGCGAGCCGAGGAGGUAGAGAGAGGGGUUCGGGCUCUGAUGGAAGGUGAUGGUGAUGUGAGAAGAAAGGUCAAGGAGAUGAGCAAAAUGAGCCAGACGACUGUGAUGGAGGGUGGAUCAUCCGAUGGAUCAUUAGGUCGUUUGAUUGAGCAUGUCAUCUAUAAAGAAGACUAGACCUUAUGAAGUCUUUCCUUCUUGGAUGCUAGUGAUUGACUUGUGAUGCUGCCACACAAUUGAUUUUAGGACGUGAACAAGUUUACAGUUAGUCAGUCCUCCAAA